AUGUGUUCGUUAAGCUUAUUCCCCCCGCCGCCACCCAGGGGUCAAGUCACUCUAUACGAGCACAAUAACGAGUUGGUAGCCGGCACUAGCUAUGAGAGCCCGCCUCCGGACUUUCGAGGCCAGUGGAUCAAUCUUCCUGUCCUACACUUGACUAAGGAUCCCCUGAAGACUCCUGGAAGGCUGGACCAUGGCACACGAACUGCCUUCAUCCACCACCGGGAGCAAGUCUGGAAGAGAUGCAUUAAUAUUUGGCGUGAUGUGGGCCUUUUCGGGGUGCUGAAUGAAAUUGCAAACUCAGAGGAAGAAGUGUUUGAGUGGGUGAAGACGGCAUCCAUCUGGACGUUGGCACUUUAUGGCUGGGCCUCCUCCCUCCAUGGGUCCCUAUUUCCCCAUCUUUCUCUUAGGAGUGAAGAUAUGAUUGCUGAAUUUGCCCAAGUCACAAAUUGGAACAACUGUUGCUUGCGGGUCUUUGCAUGGCAUCCUCACACCAAUAAAUUUGCAGUGGCCCUGCUGGAUGACUCAAUCCGUGUAUAUAAUGCCAACAGCACAAUAGUCCCCUCUCUGAAGCACCGGCUACAGCGAAAUGUGGCAGCUUUGGCCUGGAAGCCCCUCAGUGCGUCUAUCUUGGCUGUGGCCUGCCAGAGCUGCAUUCUGAUCUGGACCCUGGACCCCACCUCCUUGUCUACACGACCCUCUUCUGGUUGUGCCCAAGUUCUCUCACACCCUGGGCACACACCUGUCACCAGCUUAGCUUGGGCCCCCAGUGGGAGCCGACUGCUCUCAGCGUCGCCUGUGGAUGCAGCUAUUCUCGUGUGGGACGUCUCAACGGAGACAUGUGUCCCUCUUCCCUGGUUCCGAGGAGGUGGGGUUACCAACCUGGUCUGGUCCCCAGAUGGCAGCAAAGUCCUGGCUACCACCCCUUCAGCUGUCUUUCGAGUCUGGGAAGCCCAAAUGUGGACCUGUGAGAGGUGGCCUACUCUGUCGGGACGCUGCCAGACUGGCUGCUGGAGCCCAGAUGGAAACCGACUGCUGUUCACUGUAUUGGGGGAGCCACUAAUUUACUCUUUGUCAUUCCCAGAACGUGGUGAGGGAGAGGGGUGUGUUGGAGGUGCAAAGUCGGCAACAAUUGUGGCCGAUUUGUCUGAGACUGCAAUACAGACACCAGAUGGAGAGAUGAGGCUUGGUGGAGAGGCACACUCCAUGGUCUGGGACCCCAGUGGGGAGCGUCUGGCUGUGCUCAUGAAAGGAAAUCCACGGGUACAGGAUGGUAAACCAGUCAUCCUUCUUUUUCGCACUCGAAACAGUCCUGUGUUUGAGUUACUUCCCUGUGGCAUUAUCCAGGGGGAGCCAGGGGCUCAUGCCCAGCUUAUCACUUUCCAUCCUUCCUUCAACAAAGGGGCCCUGCUCAGUGUGUGCUGGUCCACAGGCCGAAUCACCCAUAUCCCUCUGUAUUUUGUCAAUGCCCAGUUUCCACGUUUUACCCCAAUGCUUGGCCGGGCCCAGGAGCCCCCACUUGGAAGUGGAAGCUCUGUUCAUGACUUGCCUCUCUUUACUGAGACAUCUUCAACCUCUGUCCCUUGGGACCCAAUACUUGGCCCAUUACCUGCUCAAUCCCUCUCCUGCCUCUAA